AUGCUCCGCUCGCUCGUCUACACCACCUUGCUGGCAGCAGGUCUCGCCACAGCACACAUCGAAAUGAUGUACCCGCCCCCCAUCAACUCCAAGUACGACCCGCAGACGCUCGAGGCGAACAAGGACUACACCAUGACCGCGCCGCUCUUCCCCGACGGCUCAAACUUCCCGUGCAAGGGCUACAACACCCCCGAAGCGUACGCCUCGCUCAAGCCCGUCGCGACCCUCUCAGCCGGCGGCUCGAUCGACGUGCAGUUCGCCCCGAACGGCGCAACUCACAUGGGUGGCUCGUGCCAGUUCUCCAUCUCGUACGACCAAGGCAAGACCUUUGCCGUCAUCCACUCGAUCAUCGGCGCGUGCCCGCUCUCGUCGAGCUACUCGGUCCCUGUUCCUGCGGGCCUUCCUAGUGCCGACUCGGCUACGUUCGCCUGGACUUGGUUCAACGAGAUGGGUAACCGCGAGAUGUACAUGGACUGCGCAAUCGUCGACAUCUCCGGCUCCUCGUCGUCCAAAUCCUUCACAGGACCCGGUCUCUUCCGCGCCAACACCCUCCCCGACGGAACCUGCAUCACCAUCGAAGGAGACGACGUCGUCUUCCCCAACCCUGGACCGUCGGUCGAGUAUGGGGGCAAGAUGAGCAAGAGUUCGCCGGUGACGAAGUUGAGCCCUUGCUCGUAUGACGAGGACACGACGGUUACGAUUGGACCCAACGGAUCGUCGUCGUCACCUGGAUCUGGUUCGGGCGCUGGCUCGUCGGCGUCUGCGUCGAGCUCGACCAAGUCAGCUUCCUCGUCGGCUCACGCAACCACCGUCAAGCCUACCACCGUCGCUCAGCCCACGACCGCCGCAACCACGACGACGACGAAGCCUGAGACGGUCCGCUCGACGCAGGGCGCUUCGACUGCCGCCGCUUCGACCACGACUCGGCCCGCCCGCGUGCCCUUCCGCAGCCGCUACCUCUUGUCGUCCUCGUCCACCGCUACCUCGUCGACGAAGCCGACUACCACCGCAGUGCAGAAGACGACUACAUCGGUCAAGCAGGAGCCUACGACAACCGCCGCUCCUCCAGCCGCGACCACUUCCGCCUCGUCCGGCUCGAGCAACGGCGGCACCUGGCUCAAGUGCCUGUCGUCGACAACCUGGGCCCUCUGCGACGCCGCAGGCUGCACAAACAUGGGUUCCGUCGCGGCGGGCACGAUCUGCAAAGACGGCGGGAUCGUGAUGGCGCCCGUGAACAAGAAGCGCGACGAGGAACGGAUGGUCCGUGUGGUCUCGAAGGAGAAGAAGAGGCGUUCUGUGAACGCCGAAGUUGAGCCUUCCACGCUGGCGGUGAAGGGCGAGAAGAGGAAGAUGAGGAGGAGUACGUUUGCGGGUCCGGCGGGCCGGGCGCAUGUCGCGAGGUCGAGGAGCGGUCACUGA